UGGCGGUAAAGCGCCUAAGAACUGCUGCUCCAACUGCCAGAAAACAUUGGAGAAGAAAAACCGUUGCAUGUUUCUUGCUGGAACAUCUUAAGAUAACAGCGCCAGUUAUCAUGACGUUAAAUAUUUCGAAUAAAAUGUCUUGUGUAGGUUAUAUCUAAUGCAAUUAAAAAUACAAAUGCAUUGUUUUGCCUUUGUUUGAAUGUCUGUUGCGCUUUAAACCCUGAGAGCUGUUAUAAUGAGUUCAGCAGGAGACAGACAGUGCUCCUCCAGGACCUCUCAGGCUCCUGAUCCCUCACAGCUGUAUGAAGACGUGAAAAUCGAGAUUUCAGAUGGAGGGACAUCUGAAGUGUCAGGAAUCUGUGUGAAGAAAGAAGAGACACUGGAGUUCAACAUCUACAACCAUGGAAACAACUUUGAGAACCCACCUGAAGUUCUCUCAAUUAAAGAGGAAGAUCCUGACAAUCAAGACUACCUCUACACAAACAUCCAGAGAUGCCAGGAUGAAGAGUAUUUGAAACCAUGCAAAUCGGGAGAUAAUAAACAUGAUCUUCACCUACCCUCCAAAAGCUCCAGUAAAAAGCCAACAUUAUCUGAUACUCUCACUUCUGACAAUUCUAACAAUGAUGACCAAAAGGAAAUUCACCAUUGCCCAGAACGUGGAACAAAUUUUGGUCAUCAGAGUGCUCUCCAAAAACAUGAACAAGUUCACAUAAGAGAAAAACCAUAUCGCUGCUCACAGUGUGGAAUGAGUUUUACUCAUCAGCGUGCUCUCCUACGACACCAGCGCAUUCACACAGGAGCAAAGCCGUAUCAGUGCUCACAGUGUGGAAAGAGUUUUAUUCAUCAGUGUAAUCUACAACUACACCAGCGCAUUCACACAGGAGAGAAGCCGUAUCAUUGCUCACUGUGUGGAAAGCUUUUCACUCAAAAGAGUCAUCUCCAAGAACACCAGCGCAUUCACACAGGGGAGAAGCCGUAUCAGUGCUCACAGUGUGGGAAGAGUUUCACUCAAAUGGGUCAUCUCCAACAACACAAACGGAUUCACACAGGAGAGAAAUUGUAUCAUUGCUGACAGUGUGGAAAGCUUUUCACUCAAAAGAGUCAUCUCCAAUAACACCAGCACAUUCACACAGGGGAGAAGCCUCAUCACUGUUCACAGUGUGGAACAGGUUUUACUCAUCAGAGUGCUCUCCUACGACACCAGCACAUUCACAUUGGAGCAAAGCCAUAUCAGUGCUCACGGUGUGGAAAGAGUUUUAUUCAUCAGGGUUAUCUACAACUGCACGAGUGCAUUCACAAAGGAGAGAAGCCUUAUCGCUGCUCACAGUGUGGAAAGAGUUUUACUCAAAAGUGCCAUCUCCAAGAACACCAGCACAUUCACACGGGAGAAGCCUCAUCACUGCUCACAAUGUGGAAAGAGUUUUACUCAAAAGAGUGCUCUUCAGUCACACCAGCGGAUUCACACAGGAGAGAAGCCAUAUCAUUGCUCACAGUGUGGAAAGAACGUUGCUCAUCAGCGUGCUUGCCAACAGCACCAGCACAUUCACACAGGAGCGAAGCCUUAUCCUUGCUCACAGUGUGGAAAGUGUUUUAUUCAUCAGAGUCAUCUCCAACAACACCAGCGAAUUCGCACAGGGUAGAACCCUCAUCACACCUGACAGUAUGGACAGUGUUUUACUCAUGAGGGUAAUCUACACGUUUACCUGUGCAUUUGCACCGGAGAAAAGCAGAAUCACUGCUCACAGUGUGGAAACAUAUUUAUUCCUUCAUUUACAUUUAAGACACCAAAGUGCAUGAACCCAGAGAUAUUGCAUGAUGUCUAGUUGUCAAAUUAUAUUUGUUUAUUACUGUUUU